AUGAAGCUGCUGCGCAAACACGGGGGGUCGCUGGACGAAGAGAAGCUGUUCGAAAACGUGAGCAAAGAUGACUCGGGCAUGAUAAAGAAAUUCACGUUGGGUGUGUGUGCCAUGGAAAGUAAGGUAGAAAGCGCACCGAUGGAGUGUAUUUUAAAAAGGCUAGCCAAAAGUGGGGAUUUCAACAUAAUAAAAUUUAAAGGGGAUAUGAUCUUAAACCACGAUAUAGACUCAUGGCCGAUAGUAGAUUGUCUGAUAGCGUUUUACUCCACAGGGUUUCCUCUAAAGAAAGCCAUCGAGUAUGUUAAGAAAUACAAGCCAAUCACCCUAAACAAUUUAAGUAGGCAAUUAAUCCUAAGGUCGAGGUUACAAAUUUAUGAAGAGUUAAAAAAAUGGAAAGUUCCCCAUGCGAAUUACGUCGUCGUGGAUCACGAUGCUGUGAAGAGAGGAGAACAUGCAUUCGAGGAAUACUACGACUACAUCGUAUACAACAACAUUAGACUGAAUAAACCUUUUAUAGAGAAACCCAUAAAUGCAGAUAAUCACAACAACUGGAUUUAUUACCCUAAGAACACUGGUGGGGGAUGUAAAAAGCUCUUUAGAAAAGUCAAAGACAGGAGUAGUGAAUACUGUCCCGAUGUGCAUAAAGUUAGGAACAACGGUACGUAUAUCUAUGAAGAAUUCCUUUCCACCUUCGGGACAGAUGUAAAAGUGUAUACAGUUGGACAGAUGUUUGCUCAUGCAGAAGCUAGGAAAUCUCCUGCAUUGGAUGGAAAGGUGUGUAGAACAUCCGACGGGAAGGAAGUUAGAUAUGCCGUUAUUCUCUCUGAAGCAGAGAAAAUUAUUGCGUAUCGAAUCGUGGAGGCAUUUCAGCAAACCGUUUGUGGGUUCGACAUUUUAAGAACAACCAUGGGACCCUUCGUCUGUGAUGUCAACGGAUGGUCUUUCGUAAAAGGAAACAUAAAAUACUACAACGACUGUGCACAUAUUUUGAGGGCCAUGUUUCUAGCCAAACUGGAAGAAAAGUACAAUAUCAUUCCUAGAGAUCUGGCAGACAACUGGUACAACAUUGAAAACGAAGAAGAGGUGUUAAGGAAAACGUUUAGACAACCAGAUGACCUGCAUUGUUCUCACCACGAGGAAUUAUGUUCCGUCAUUAUUGUUAUGCGUCAUGGGGAUAGGAAGCCAAAACAAAAGAUGAAGUUCCUCACUGAUCGUCCUCUCCUUUUGGACUACUUCAAUUGCGAGGAAAAUCUUUACAACGUAAUUGAAAAGAAGCUCUCUCCAGACGAUCAGACGAAGCCUACUCACAUCGAUCUAAACAAUGCAAAUAAUAACUCACCUGUUAGUUGUGUCCCCUCCGAUCGGGUGGACUCCUCCAUGUUUCAAUACGACGCUGCUACGAAGGCAUCCCCAACGCAUAGUAAAAUAUCCUUCAUUUCGCAGAAAAGCGGCCAGGUGGUGAGCGCCUCUGGUAAGGAGGCCAACCCGAACGAUGUUACAACCGCUGUAAAUGCUGCGAAUUCUGCCAAUGCUACGAAUGCUACGAAUGCUAUGAACACCCUACCUGCAGACGAAGAGGAACGCCGUGACAGCCUCUACAAGGAGUACACCAAGAAGGAAAUUAAAUUCAAGUCGCCCGAGGAACUGCAGGAUCUCUUCCUCCGGAACAAUAUCAUCCUGGGCGACAUCGAGAAGGAGUACAAGGCGCUCAAGGCGGAGGCCGAGGUGAGGAGGGCCCAGCAGAACACGAUAACUGAUCCCGUUGGAAGAACCGAUGUGGAGGCUUCUCUUAAGGGUGACGCAAUUACCCCGAAGGUCGACGCAAUUACCCCGAAGGUCGAUGCAAUUACCCCGAAGGUCGAUGCAAUUACCCCGAAGGUCGACGCAAUUACCCCGAAGGCCGACGUGACAGUGGGGCGACCCCACGCCGCGAUGACGCAGGAGGAGCUGGAGGCAAAGCUGAGCGAAUGCCAAAUUACCAUUGAAAACCACAAGACGCUGCAGAAGGUGCUCGAACGGGGAGAUGGAUUCACAGGAAUAAAUAGAAAGAUACAACUAAAACCAGUGGAGUUCAUCGUACUGAAUGAUAAGAUUGUUGUUACGAAAAUUCUGACGGUGGCAAAGUGGGGAGGAGAACUAACACGGAUGGGAAGGAGGCAGUCCGAAAAUCUGGGAAAAAGAUUCAGAGCGACACUCUACCCAGGUGACUCAGACGGAUUGCUCCGAUUACACUCAACCUUCAGACAUGACUUCAAAAUAUUUACUUCCGACGAAGGAAGGUGCCAGAUAACGUCUGCCGCGUUUACGAAGGGGUUUCUAGACCUCGAUGGGGAACUAACCCCGAUCCUAGUUGCCAUGGUGAUUAGGAAUUCCAAAGCGCACAGUCUGCUAGAUGAUAACCGACCCAGCUUGAAUAGAACCCAAUGUAAACAAUACAUAGACAACCUCCUAAAUGAGGACAAGGAUAUAGAUGAGGACCUGUUGAAAAAACUUACCACUGGAAAACAUGCCAGAGGGUUACGCGAGUCGUUAAGAAAAAUUUCCAACUUUUUCCAACUGAUGGAAAAAAUAAGAAAAACCAUCUACGAUUUUUUAAAGGGACUAAACCAGGAAGUACAAAAGUGGCUAAACCUCUUCCCCUACGAUGAGUACGCUCUAUAUGUAAUAGAUAUUCUACACGAGAUACAAGUCCGGUGGAAAUCGCUCACCAAAAUGUGGUUCAGAAAAAAUAAAAACAAUUACGAUACGUCUAAAAUACCAGACAUUGUAGACAACAUAAGGUUUGACCUGAUUCAUCACCAUUCCUAUCUCGGUUGUGGAUUAGAUAAGGCCUUCGAAAUUUACAACCAAAUAGAACCGCUGGCCAAUUUUAUUUCCCAAGCGGAAUAUGGAAUCACUCCAGAGGAAAAAGUGAAAAUCGGUGUUAACAUUGUUGGAAAAUUACUUCGUAAAUUGAUACAUGACGUUACCUUCUACAGAGAUGAAGAGGUACGCAACAAAAGAAACAACAAGGGGUACUUUGACUUAAAAAAUGCCCUCAAUAUAUCCUACAUUAAUUCGUUUAAUCCAUCCAAGGGGGACAAAACGACCAUACCAACAAGCGAAAAGAACCCACAACAACAGGUUCUGGAAAAUGCCAAAGUAGAUGCACAACACGCAAACUGGCUAGAUAAGGAGAUGCAAAAAGACACGCCCAAAUUGUUCAGCAUGUGUAAGUAUGACUCCAGACAAAUUUUCAUCGACAAUCGUGCUCAAAAAAAUGGGGAGCAGCUCGUCGCCACGACAAUUACGACUGAUCCGUGUGCCACCAAAUCUGGGGCGUCAGUGUGCAAUGAGUCCGACUCGAGUUCGGUGGCAGCGAAUUCGACAACGGCGGUUUACUCUAGUGGUGUUCACCCUAGUGUCACUCACCCUGGUGCCGCUCACCCUAGUGAGGCUUUCCCCAGCGCGCCAUUAUCCUGCGUCACAUCCUCCUGUGAAAUGCCCCCUCUGAACGAACCGCAGGGGAAGAAGUCCAUUUACAGAGAACUCAACCGGAAGGGUGGAAAACUUGGAAGGGAUGCCCAAGCUGGAGUUUCCCCCAUGGAGGGAAGUUCACCCGAAGUGGUUAAAAAUCGAACAGUCACGGAGCCGAAUACAGAUGUGGAAUCCAAAACAGAUGUAGAGUCUACAACAGGCGUGGAGACAAACGGGCAGGAUAAUCGUGCGGGCGGCCCCACUGGAUUGAAUGGCAGUGGCCUCCUGGACCGCUCCAAGCGCAGCAAGGGGGAGAGGCCAGAGGAAGGCGACAUCCGCACGUCGGACAGGAGCCCCACGGAAGUUGCCUCUGCGUCUGCAUCUACGUCGGGUGAUGCACAGGUUGGUUCGACCCACCAUGUUGGUAGUAAUGUCAGCAGCAAUGUCGUUGGCAUGGUUGACACCCCAGCUGGUAUUAGCCCACACGAGAGAAACCCCUUCAAGGCAACCGGGGGAGGCGUCACCUACAACGUGAACGCGAAGGACCUCUACGCGCCAAAGCUGAUCAACAAGAAGGAGGCCCUGGUGAUCAACUCGUCUGAUCUCUGGGCUCACCAGAAUAAAUACAGAAAAGAAAACAAUGAAAAACAAAAAAUGAAAAAAAUAAAAAACGCAAAGGACAGUGAACUGAAUUUGAAAAGAGAGGACCACCUAGAAGUAGCGAGUGAUUAUAGGGGAAUAGAAAAAAAGGGAAGUAGGAAUAGCUGGAUGAGAGGUGCAGGAGGAAUUAGUGGAAGUGGAAGCGACACGGCUGCGAAGGAGUUACGUGGGAAAGUAACCACCAGGUGGGAUCUACACAAGGGUGAAGAGGAUACAUUGCGAAGUGGCCAUGAAUUUACAAACCAGGGGGAAAAAGAAGGAAUGACAAACGAGCGGGGAAGUAGCAAUACUGUGCAGAGGAAGGCAGAGGAGAAAACGGAUCAGGAGUACCAAACGGAGGAGACAGAUGGACAGGUGGAAAGCAUCCUAGAGGGGAAGAAGGAAAAGAAAAAGGAAAAGGAAGAAGAAGAAGUAGCAGAAGAAAACGAUAACGAUGAGGAGGGUGAGGAAGAACAAGACCAUGAUGACGACGAAGAUAUAAUUAGACUAAAAGAAACUGACGCAAGGAGGUUAGGAAUUCGGUCUCCUUGGAGGAUGGUUAGGUCUAGAUACUACGUCACUUCAGCUUCGCAUAUGAUCUCUCUUUUAAGUAUUCUGAUCCAUGCGAAAAAUAUAGACAGCUCAACUGGCCAAAAUAUAAUAGACAAUGAUUCCAUUAAAAGUGUAGGAGAUGUUACAGACUUGCAUUACUUAUCACAUCUAGUUUUUAGAGUCUGGGAGAGAAAACAGCUAAAACGAAAUGACAGCAACAGGUUUAGAAUCGAAAUAUUGUUCAGUUCUGGGGCAAAAGAUGGGUUCGGACAGAACUAUGAACUGCUAGAAAAAGACGCUAAAGCGCAGCAGCAAAAGUAUGAGAGACACUUUAGCAAAUACGUCGAUGACAGCAAGAGGGGCACAGGCGGGGGGGAGGUGAACCCGUCCAAUCAGGUAAGCCGUGCAAACUCUGUUGUGAGCAAGGGGGAGAAGAAGCCAUCAGGGGAAAGGCCACCCGGGGAAACAUCCCCCAUGGAGAAGCCUACCACAGCGAAGAAUGAUCAUGUUGCAUCCGCGUCGAACAAGGUGGAGUCGAAUAACUCCCUCUCACAGGUCACACCCCAGGGGAAGGAAGACAAAGGGAAGCUAAAUCCGGGUAAUGCAUUUCAAUUCGGGGACAACGUGGAGGGGAAGGCAGCAGGUUUGGGCGCGUCCAAGCCGAAUUUGCAAUGCGACGUGGCCAACACGGAAAAGAAAGGCGAAAAUAGCAUCGACGGUGAAAAGGGAAACCUCAGCAGGAAUAACUGCGAAAGGGCCAACAUGGGAAGAAGCAACUCUGCGCUUAGAAAUGACACUUCCCUAAGAAAGGAUAUUUUUCUCCGAAAAGACACUUCGCCUAGGAAGGACGCCGUGCGGAGGAAUGGACUGUGGAGCCAAUUCUCAUCCAGCUCAGCAAACCUGUUCCGAAGAACAGAGGAAGGAGAAGAAGAUGACGCAAAGUUCCACCAUGGGGUUUACAAAAGAGAUAUGUCCUUCCAAUUUGGAGGAGUCCACGAAAAACUUAGUUCAAUCAACAAAAACACCACCAGAACGGGAAGCUACAUGGUCAGAUCCAUCAGCUCCAAUUUAAGGAAAAAAAAAUACAAACAAAAAGAUGGCUUAAACGUAGAAUACGAAAAAAAAAAAAAAGAAGACAUCACAAAGGAAAAUUUAUUAACGUAUGAACAUGAGGGUACCAUUGAUAUGGCUACACAAGAAGGUAAUCACAAAAUACAUCGAAGCGUUUCUUGCGUCAGUGAUAGGUCCUUCUAUGUAAACCCAAUGCAGGUCGAGUUGGAAGGAGAUGCUAAUUCGAGCAAAAAUUUUAAUGGAAGAAGGAACAACUUUCUCGAAAAUGAAUCCGGAAGGACCACUUUCCAGCACAGCCUUCAACACAAAAUAGAGCGCCCAUUCCAACACAAGAACGAACGACCUUUCCAGCAGAAAAGUGACCACCCGUUCGAGAAGAGCAGUGAGCAUGACCAGAAGGAUAGUAAAAAAGCGAAUGUAUUUUCCCACGUAUUCCAACAUUUUAAUGAGAAUAAAAAAAACUCCACGUCCAAUUUGAAGUUCUUUUACAAAACAUACAUGCCGGAUUAUGAGAAGAUUAUAGAGAAUGACAAGAAGGCCGAAACAUUUGACGUCCCUCCCUACUGUGAGUUGGCUCCCCUCAUUGUCUUGACAAAGAAUUGCCAGCUGUCCACCUUCGAGAAUAUCCUCACGCAGAUUCUGAAUAAGUACUCCAAAAGCGGGAAGGGCAAGGACAAGGGGUACAAGGCGGGGCCCAAGCAACCUUGA